ACAGCGUCCCCUACAAUGUUUCAAAACAACAGCCCCUGCUCUGUGUUUUAUGUAACCUGGGCCCUGUUUCAGAAAGCCGGUUUAGUGCAAACUCUGAGGUUCCCAGGCGUGAUUGGCUGUAUAGAUGGCACUCACAUUCCAAUCAUUGCCCCUUCAGUAAAUGAAGGAGACUAUGUGAACAGGAAGUCUUUCCACAGCAUUAAUGUACAGAUCAUAUGUGAUGCUGCCAACAUUAUCACAAAUGUGGAAGCCAAGUGGCCAGGCUCUGUUCAUGACUCACGAAUUUUUCGUGAAUGUACACUGAGCACAAAAUUUGGACAUGGAGAGUUCACUGGCUACUUGCUUGGUGAUAGGGGGUAUCCAUGUUUACCCUAUUUGCUUACCCCUUACCCUGACCCUGAACCGGGCCCACAGCAGCGAUAUAAUCUGGCUCAUUGCAGGACAAAAGCCAGAGUUGAAAUGACUAUCGGAAUGCUUAAGGCCCGGUUCCAGUGCCUUCAAAGACUCAGGGUCACCCCAGAAAGGGCAUGUGACAUUAUUGUGGCAUGUGUGAUUCUUCACAACAUUGCCACAAUUAGAGGAGAACACUGUCCUUCUGAACCAAACAUCAGCAGUGAUCCAAACCAUGAACAUCCUGACCCUCCCACAGACAUACAAGAUGGAAGAGCAGUCAGAGACACCAUAUGUCACAAUCAUUUCCUGGCCAUCACCUCAACAUGUUGAAAGAAGAAUAAACAGAUUUUUUGUUCAACUGGCUUUAUUGGUCGCCUGUAUUUCCUGUACACAAAGUAUUAAUAAGUAUAUUAUUAUGUUGUUCAAACACUGAAAUAAUUCGUCCAUCUCUGACCACUUCACCCACCCU